AUGGCCGGCGGUAUGGCCGCCGAGGGCAUCUCGGGCAAGCGUGCCCAGCUCGCCGCUGGACGAGUUGGAUGGCGGGGACUGUUCAGCAGUAAAAAGACCUUUGGCAUUGCCCUGUUCGCAUCUUUGGGUGGAUUGGUGUAUGGAUACAACCAGGGAAUGUUUGCGCAGAUUCUCACCAUGCCUUCGUUUAUCGCUGCGACUAAUGGUUAUGCGGCUCACCCCUCCACGGCCCAGGGCAUGCUCACCUCGAUUCUCGAGCUGGGUGCCUGGUUGGGAACUCUGAUUAACGGAUACCUGGCGGAUGCGACUGGUCGGCGUGUUACCGUGGUCAUUGCGGUGUUUGUGUUUUGCAUCGGUGUUAUUGUCCAGGCCUGCACGGAGAACAAAGACUAUGUGUAUGCUGGUCGGUUCGUCACGGGUCUCGGGGUUGGAAACCUGAGUAUGAUUGUGCCGCUAUACAAUGCAGAGCUGGCUCCUCCGGAAAUUCGUGGCUCCCUCGUCGCUGUUCAACAACUGGCCAUCACCUUUGGUAUUAUGGUCAGCUUCUGGAUUGGCUAUGGCACCAACUACAUCGGAGGCACCGGCGACGGCCAGUCCAUUGCCGCCUGGGAGAUCCCUGUGUGCAUUCAGAUUCUCCCGGCGCUCAUUCUGGCUGCCGGCAUGCUGAUGUUCAUGCCCCAGUCGCCCCGUCAUCUGAUGAACUGUGGUCGCGAGGAAGAGUGCUUGCAGACCUUGGCUCGUCUGCGCGAAGCCUCGGUCGAUGACAUCCUGGUGCGCAUCGAGUUCCUCGAGAUUAAGGCGCUGCGCAUGUUCGAGGUGGAAACGGCCAAGAAGAAGUACCCGCAGUACCAGGAUGGGUCGCUGAAGAGUCGAUUCAUGAUCGGUGUGCAUGACUACAUGUCCUUAAUUACGGACAAGUCGCUCUUCAAGCGCACGACUGUUGCGUGCAUGAUCAUGGUGUUCCAGCAGUGGAACGGUAUUAAUGCUCCUCAAAUCUUCAAGGAUCUCCAGCUGGGCGGUACCACCACCUCCUUGCUGGCCACCGGUGUGGCCGGUAUCUUCGAGUUCGUGUUUACCAUUCCCGCCGUCCUCUGGGUCGACAACAUUGGACGGAAGAAGAUCCUGAUCGCCGGCGGUAUCGGCAUGGCUGUCUGCCACUUUAUCGUUGCCGGUAUUAUCGGCUCUUUCCAGCAUACAUUUGACACCCACAAGGGCGCCGGAUGGGCUGCCGUCGUCUUCAUUUGGAUCUUCAUCAUCAACUUUGCCUACGCAUGGGGUCCCGUCGCAUGGAUCGUCGUGUCCGAAGUCUUCCCUCUGAGCAUGCGCGCCAAGGGAGUCAGUAUCGGCGGCAGCAGCAACUGGCUGAACAACUUUGCGGUUGGCCUGGCCACCUCGCCGUUCAUCGCCGCAUCCAACUACGGUACCUUUAUCUUCUUCGGCGGCGUGACCACCAUCGGUGUGCUCUACGUGUGGUUCUUCGUCCCCGAGACCAAGGGACGCACCCUCGAGGAGAUGGACGAGCUGUUCGGCUCCGAGGGCAUGGCGGUGGAAGAUGAGGCUCGCAAGCGCCAGAUCGAGCGCGAGAUCGGCCUGCUGGCGCUUCUCGGCGAGGAACCCGAGGGGGGAGUGAUUGAGAAGAAGGCGAUUGAGCAUGCCGAGGAGCAUUCGUCGCACGAGGAGAAGGCUUGA